AUGGCUGUGAUCAGACGCCGACUUGGUCACCAGGUCAUUGGCAGCGUUGCCUCCAGACCCUAUCUCGUUCCCAGCAGACUCGAUUUCCUAAAGAAGUCCGCUUUUAUUGACCUAAUAUCUCCACAAUCUCGUCUUAUAAUCAUUAUGGGAUCGACGACUUCAGAAUCGCCAGUCGCAUUGCACGAGUUUGAUCCCAGUCCAUCAAAUGCCCAGGCGGUCAUCAAUGCACUAAUCAAGGACGGGGGAGUCAUUAUCCGCAACCUCCUUUCUCAAGAAGUCCUUGACCAGAUCGAGAAAGAUGUGCGCCCUUACAUUGAAGCCGAUAAACCUUGGAAAGGCGACUUUUUCCCACCCGAGACCAGGCGUGUCUGCGGUCUUGCCGGCAAAUCGCCUACGUUCAUGAAGAACAUCGUGGUCGCCCCAUUGUAUCAGGCUGUGUGUGAUGCCCUCCUCACAUCAACGUAUCACUCCUACUACGGAAAGACGUUGGAAAAAUCCAUUUCCAAGCCUCAAUUAAACAACACAAUCGUGUUCUCUAUCGGCCCAGGAGCUAGGAACCAAGAACUUCAUCGAGAUGACAUGAUCCACCACAACUUAGUGCCUGCAAUCACCGCUGAAGAAUACAAACCUGGACGUGACACCGGCAUCGGCUUUUUUAUUGCAGGCAAGAAAACAACGAAGCAGAACGGUGCAACACGUUUCAUUCCUGGAAGCCAUCUAUGGGCAACAGUCACCGAACCUGAUGAAGAGCAGGCUGUAUAUGCAGAGCUAAGCCCUGGUGACGGGUUCAUGAUGCUCAGUAGCUGUUUUCACGGAGGAAGUGCAAAUAAGACGGUAGAUGAGGAGAGACUGGUGUAUAGCUGCUUUAUGACAAAGGGGUAUCUACGUCAGGAGGAGAAUCAGUAUUUGGCAAACCCUAUUGAGAAAGUCAGGGAAUAUCCAGUUGAUAUGCAACGCUUGAUAGGAUAUCAAGUCAGUCAACCGUUUCUAGGCUGGCUAGACCUGGAUGAUCCUCGAAAAGCGCUAGUCGGGAAUGCAUGGGAAGACGGUCGUGGGGAUGUCUUAGGAUAUGAAGGUGACGCUCCUGAUCGUUCUCACUCAGAGCAUCCUUUCUGA